AUGCCACCUUCGGGGCACCGCCUUCGGCGUCCCCUCUCCUUCGAUAGAAUCGAAGGGGGAGCAGCGAGUCCGAGUUCGCUGCGCGCUACGACUACUCGGCAGGUGCUGACCGGUCUUGGGAUGAUCUUCAACCAAGACCUUCAAACGCUUCUUUCGGCCGGGGGACUUUACGGCAUCCGAUUUCCGACGAGGGAGCAGAUGCAGAAUGUCGGAGAUACUUUGUUUCAUGCAUCCGUGGAGACAAACAACGUAGACCUCUUCAUUAGUCACUCUUGGAGUGCAGGUCGUUGGGAGAAGUUCCUAGCACUCUGCUUGUAUCUGAAUCUGCACAUGGCCGUGGCAAGUUGCAUGGUCAUCUGGAUCUUGAUUCUGGUGCUGAUGAUCUCCUCGUAUGGUGUGUUCGGUCUUGGUGGAAGUCGACUGCUGCUCCCCUGCUUUGUGUAUCUUCCCAUGGUCUGCUUCUUCAUUGUUUUCUUCUUUGGACAGCAGCUCUCUUUUGGGCUGUGUUCUCCAUCGGUUUGGAUAGACAGGCUGUGUAUCCAUCAGACGGAUCUGGAGUUGAAAGCCGAUCAAAUUAAGUCCGUGCCAACCUUCGUUGCACGUUCUUCCCGCAUGCUCGUCCUCUGUGACGGAUCCUACUUUGAACGGUUGUGGUGCAAUCUAGAGCUGGCCACUUUUGCACGGUAUGGAGGUGUGGAUAAGGUGGACGUGUUGCCACUCUGGCUCGCUCCAUGGUUGCUUUACUGUAUUUCGCUGGAGCUGCUCAGUGCCCACUUGAUGGAUGUGUCGCAAGUUGUGUUCCCCAGCUGGAUGCCCGCUUGCAGCAGGCACGUCAUGGGGCUGCUUGAGAUGCUUCUGGGGGACAACCCAAUGAUGCUGAGAUUCGUCGGUUGGCUCGUUAUCUGGAUGAUGCAAUCAGUGACCACGCUCCCGGCUUCUAUACCCAGUUUCUUCUCCUUCUGCAUGAAGAUUCGACAUCACGAGCUUAUCCUGGAUCAAAUGGCAGACUUCGACGUCCGGGCGGCAAAGUGUUCUGAGCCUUCGGACCGCGAGGCUAUCGAGAAGCAACUGAAGGAGGUGUUCUGCAACCAAGAGCCCCCCACUUCCGGCGCUUUUGUCGUGGAUGAGGGGGAGGUGAAGGUUCAGCAGCUUGUGCAUUAUCAUGGCACCGGCAAUCCGUUGGACCGCUUCAGCGCCUACGUUCGAGGCUUCCUCCGUGACAUUGUCAUGAUGCAGAUCGGCGAUGAACGCUACGUGCCAUGGCCAUUGUGUUUCACUGCCUGCCUACCGAUGAUCUUGUAUUCCUCCGUGAACGUGCUGGGCUGCGACAACGGCUCUUGCGAGGAAUCUGCACGGCUGGCCAACAUGUCCACGACCACCUACGUCCUCGUUUGUGUUGUCGGCUGGGUGCUCAAUAUCUUGCUGGCAUUCCCACUUACCUACCCAAUCAUGCUUCGGAUGCUGAAAGUCAGCUUGUCCUUCGGCGAAGGCCCCUUGCAGCGCUGUUCAGCUUUCGUGUGUUGCUUCAUGGCAUACGAAUACACGUAUCUGUGCGGCGGCUUCAUCUGGGGCUCCUGGGUUCCUGUUAUGACGGACUACUCCCCAGCUCAGCUCGCAUUUUUUCUCCUGGUGGUCAUCCUCAUGGUUCUCCAGUGCGUCUGCCUGUUUUACAGAUGGGACAGGCAUGGCCAGGAAAGCCUGGCAUCAUGUCGCUGUGUCAAACGACAUGUCGCGGCAUAUCAGGCAAUGGGCCCCGAAAGUGGCUUGCCUUCGGCCUCCUUCGUCGAGUCUCCUGAAUGA